CUGAAACCGGUUUGAACGGAGGUGCUUCUGUUGCUCGGCGCUGCCGCGGGCCGCCGGGAGGCGCGCUGGUGAGGCGCGCGGGCGUCUGGCUCCUCGGCCCGGCCUCGCUCCCGGACGCGGCGGAGGCGCUGGCCACUGAGCGCCAGCAAGAAUUCUAAGAUAAAUCCAUCAGAAUGACGCCUUCUCAGGUUACCUUUGAAAUAAGAGGAUCUCUUUUACCAGGAGAAGUUUUUGCAAUAUGUGGAAGCUGCAUUGCUUUGGGAAACUGGAACCCUCAAAAUGCUGUGGCUCUUCUAGACAAUGGGACAGGUGACAGCACAUUAUGGAAAGCAACCAUUGCACUCACUAGAGGAGUAUCCAUUCAGUACCGCUAUUUCAAAGGGUACUUUUUAGAACCAAAGACUAUCGGUGGUCCAUGUCAAGUCAUAGUUCACAAGUGGGAGACUCAUCUACAACCACGAUCAAUAACCCCUUUAGAAAGUGAAAUUAUUAUUGACGAUGGACAAUUUGGAAUCCACAAUGGUGUGGAAACCCUGGAUUGUGGAUGGCUGACGUGUCAAACAGAAAUAAGAUUACGUUUGCAUUAUUCUGAAAAACCUCCAGUCUCAAUAACCAAGAAAAAAUUUAAAAAAUCUAGAUUUAGGGUAAAGCUUACACUUGAGGGUCCGGAAGAAGAUGAUGAUGACAGGGUGUCUCCUACUGUUCUUCAUAAAAUGUCCAAUACCCUGGAGAUAGCCUUGAUAAGUGACAAUGAGUUCAAGUGCAGGCAUUCCCAGCCAGAGUGUGGGUACGGCCUACAGCCUGACCGCUGGACUGAGUACAGCAUACAGACCAUGGAGCCAGAUAACCUAGAACUAAUCUUUGAUUUUUUUGAGGAGGAUCUCAGUGAGCAUGUCGUUCAAGGUGAUGCCUUCCCAGGACACGUGGGCACAGCGUGCCUUUUAUCAUCCACCAUUGCUGAGAGUGGGCGGAGUGCUGGGGUCCUUACACUUCCCAUCAUGAGCAGGAACUCCAGGAAAACCAUAGGCAAAGUGCGAGUUGACUUUAUCAUCAUUAAGCCAUUACCAGGAUACAGCUGUGACAUGAAAUCUUCAUUUUCCAAGUAUUGGAAACCAAGAAUACCACUGGAUGUUGGACAUCGAGGUGCAGGGAACUCCACAACAACUGCCCAGCUGGCUAAAGUUCAAGAAAAUACUAUUGCUUCUUUAAGAAAUGCUGCUACACAUGGUGCAGCUUUUGUAGAAUUUGAUGUCCAUCUUUCAAAAGACUUUGUGCCUGUGGUAUAUCAUGAUCUUACCUGUUGUUUAACCAUGAAAAAGAAAAACUUUAUGCAUAAGCAGAAAUUUGAGGCUGAUCCAGUUGAACUAUUUGAAAUUCCAGUAAAGGAACUGACUUUUGACCAACUCCAGUUAUUAAAGCUCUCUCAUGUGACUGCACUAAAAUCUAAAGAUCGGAAAGAAUCUAUAGUUGAGGGGGAAAAUUCCCUUUCUGAAAACCAGCCAUUUCCUUCUCUUAAGAUGGUGUUAGAGUCUUUGCCAGAAGAUGUAGGUUUUAAUAUAGAAAUCAAGUGGAUCUGCCAACAAAGGGAUGGAAUGUGGGAUGGUAACUUGUCCACAUAUUUUGACAUGAAUCUGUUUUUGGAUAUAAUUCUAAAAAAUGUUUUAGAAAAUUCGGGGAAAAGGAGAAUUGUGUUUUCUUCAUUUGAUGCAGAUAUUUGUACAAUGGUUCGACAAAAGCAGAACAAAUAUCCCAUAUUAUUUUUGACUCAAGGAAAAUCUGAUAUUUACCCUGAACUUAUGGACCUCAGAUGUCGGACCACCCCCAUUGCAAUGAGCUUUGCACAGUUUGAAAAUCUUCUGGGCAUAAAUGCACAUACUGAAGACCUGCUCAGAAACCCAUCCUAUAUUCAGGAGGCAAAAGCGAAGGGCCUUGUCAUAUUCUGCUGGGGUGAUGACACCAAUGAUCCUGAAAACAGAAGAAAAUUGAGAGAAUAUGGAGUUAAUGGUCUAAUUUAUGAUAGGAUAUAUGAUUGGAUGCCUGAGCAGCCAAAUAUAUUCCAAGUGGAGCAGCUGGAGCGCCUGAAGCAGGAAUUGCCUGAGCUUAAGAGCUGCUUGUGUCCCACCGUUAGCCGCUUUGCCCCCUCAUCCCUGUGUGGGGAUCCUGACCACCAUGUGGCUGCCAAUGGCAUCGAUAAUGUGGAGAGUGCCUAGACUACAGGGUGCUCACCGCCGUCCUGGGGUCACUUUCCAUCGCUGAGCGUUGCUUAUCUCGGCCGUUGGGUUUCUCAGUCCACUGAAGCAAUAACGAAGUAUUUUACUCUUCACUACAGUUCUUGCAAGAAUUUCAAGUAUGCUAUUUAAGUCACUUGGCCAGGUAUAAUUGCCAGUCUUUGUACAAUGAGAAAACUUACUGCUUGGUAAAUAUCUUUAAAUAUAUAAGCCUGGAAUGCUAAACCUACAUUAAAGCAUAGAACUUUGAAAUUAGCUAUGUAAAUACUAUGCUUUUCAUUUGAUCAGAUCUCAGAUCUUUAGCCCUUGAGGAACAUGACUAUGCAUAGUUAUACCUGACCAUGGAGAAAAUAAGUACCUCAAAUGCAUGCAUUUGCACUGGUGAUCCCGGCUGCACAACCCUUUGUGCCAUCUGUGUGUGUAGCCGUUUGUUUUUGUUUUCUGUUUGUUUUAAACAUGGGUUGACAUGCACACAAACCAUUUUCAUUCAGUCUGAGCCUUGAGGCUGUUGUCAUUUUUCCAUUUAACCAAACCAGCCUAGAGGUGCAUCUUGGAACUUGUUUCAUAAAUCUUUGAAUUCAAAGUUAUUUUGCAUAAAUGUUAAAAUUUCAAAAUGCUGCAGGGUAAUUUAACACACAGACUAUUAGCAAGAAGUAUGUAUUGCAUUAUUAUAGAGAUUACAGUGUAUAAAUUUAAUUUGCUGCAUGCUUUAGGUUUUAAGCAUGAGAUUGUACGCUCUUACUGUAUAGUCCUUGCAUCUGGUGCUAAGUGAGCGUGAAAAGAUGACAAGGACUAACAGUAUUUUGUUGCCUAAAAACAGCCUGUUUAUAGGCAUUUAAAAUAUGUUAGUGUCUUGCACUACCUAAUUAUACAUCGUUGCUCUGUGGGUUUGUUUUUUGUGUGUGUUGUACAGUGUUCAAUCUCCAUGCAAAAAAAUAAAUGUUCUGAAUUCUCAUUGGUAUUCUUUAUUGGUUAAUAUGUAUCAUGCAUGUAAUUUAUUUAGGAAUGUAGGAGAUCUUACGUGCAUAUGCAUGUAUAUGUCUGGUUUUAGGGUUAUUCUAGAUGCAGAUUGUACUGAUGUAACUGUAACUUAAGAAUGAAUGUUAAACAAAUUGAUAUAUUUUCUUCAUGAUAAAACAGAAUUUUAAGAAGAUGUUACUUUUGUAGAAUGGUUUUAUAAUGUUAUGUGGAACUGAACUUCAGUGUAGACCCGAAAGGACUACCUUCCUUGUGUCUGCCUUCUCCUGUGUGUUCUUCCUGAGGCAAUUUGUUCAUGUACUGUCACACUUUGAUAGGAGCUAAGAACCUAAGACUUGACAUACACGUAUCUUUCAUUUUUAAACUAAGCAAUGCAACUUGGGUUAGAUCUUAAUUGUGCGAAGAUAGGGUCUGAAAUCCUAUGGUGUUUGUAACACUGAUGUUUAGUGGAAAAUAAUACAAGUUUUCUAUACUUUUCCCUUUCUAACAUUUUGAUGCAAAUUGGGCACUUUUGGGAAACUGGAAAAGACUGUUCUUAAUCUGCAGACACAGCACAUUCCCUGUGGUAACUUGAUCAACUGUGCCUGUGCAUUUCCAGUUGUUUCUUCUCCGUCCCCCCUGCCACUCCCAGCUCUAUUGCGAGGGGAGCAGAUCCUCCAAGAAGGGUCAGACAGCAGGUGGGGGCUUACCCAGUCUGCUGAGCAGGGCCUCCAGUAACUGCUUUGGGUGCUGACAGAGCCUGACUGCUUGUUUUCUUUACUAUCCCUUCCUUAAUGCUAGUGUAGUGGAGGAUCCAAGCCAUUGAAGUGAGGUUGAAUCUGGGCAGGGUGUCACUGGCUACUCCCCCCCCCCCCCAAGCCUUGGCCCCAUACUCUCUGUCUUGGGAGCCACCUUGUCUCCUCUAGCCCUUGCCACAGCACCCUGCUGCACGUGGAGGCUCUGUCUUUGCACCCAUAACAGCCUGGCCCGGCCUGUGCUGGGCACACUGUGCCUCUGAGUACCACCAAGUGACCGUGUCGGGCCUGUCACCUGCCAGGCCGCAGGUCUUCCAUGCCAGAGACCUGGCCAACUCAGACUAAUUUCCAAUGUCUGGAACAGAGUAGAGAAGAAAUGCUGGAAUCACUGGGAGAGUCCUUCAGAAUUAAGAGACCAUGUGAUAUUUACUCUGAAUGUAAACUCAGAGCUGAUUGACAUUUUGAGGAUUGAGAUGGCCUGUGGGGGUCCUUUUGAACUGUACAGCUAUGAUAAAUUAUUUUAUACUUUGUAGAAAUAGAAUGAAAUGUUGGGUAAAGUACCGCCGUUGCUCUGUGGUAUUUUCGCUCUGGAAUCAUGUACUGUAGCUGCUGGCUGUGACCGUGAGGCCUGCAGCUCCCCCGUGGGUGCUGCCCAAGGGUUGCUGCAGUUCGCUUCUUGCCACCUGCUUACCUCACACCUGCUCAUCUCCCCGCCAACGCCCCUGCUUCCACCUACCUCAGUGCUGCUUUUCUUGUCUGAAAUGCCUUCUUUGCCUUCUGUCCAAGUCCUGCUCGCUCGGUGCCACCUCGGUAAAAUUUCCUCUGCUUUCGAUCCAAAUUGUGAUGGGAACCAUUGCAGAUGGCCUCCGAGUUGCACCACUUCUGUCCAGCUGGGGUAAUAAACGCAGAGCAGUCAUCGCACUUAGCAGGUUGGGACAUCACUCCCAAUCCACCUCGCAUUUGUAAACUAUGCUGCCUUCGCAGCCCAGUGGCACUUGUUGGCAUGAGCUUUCCUGUGGUCUCUCCGUCUCUGUAACCGGUUAUUUCUCUAACAAGAUUGUGAGCCCCUUAAGGGCAGGCACUGCUUUGCGUUCUAACACUGCUCUAACGCUCUGGCCUUAGCUGUGGACUGAAUAAAUAAACAGUGCUGGCAACAGUGCUACUUUCCUAA